CGUCCAGCGAGGCCCUCCCAGCCUUGUUUCCCUAACCCCCUCUCCCCUCCCGUCUCCUCGGUCUCUCCGCCGCCCACCACCUCGCUCCCCUCCUCUCCCUUUAUACGCCUCCGCGGCUCCGCCUCCGCCAUCUCCCUGACUUCUUCUCCUCAUUCACGGCAUUGUCCCCCGCGCCAGGAGACAGCGGAGAGGAGAGAGAUGGCGGCCGCGUCCUUCACCGCCGCCAAGUUCCUGGCGCCGGUGGCCGCGAGAUCCGGCGGCGAGAGGGCGCCCCCGCUCCCCGCCGGCGCCUCGUCCUCCUCCUUCGCCAGGGCGCUGCGCCGCGGCGGGGCGCACCACCCGCGCCUGCACACCGCUCUCGCCGUCUCCUCCGACGUGCUCGCUGGGAACAAGGCCCCGCAGGCCGCGCCCGCGCAUCCGGAUGUGACACGGGAAGAGGCACUGGAGUUGUACGAGGACAUGGUUCUUGGCCGUGUUUUUGAGGACAUGUGCGCGCAAAUGUACUACCGUGGCAAGAUGUUUGGUUUCGUCCACCUCUACAAUGGCCAGGAGGCUGUUUCCACUGGCUUUAUCAAGCUUCUAAACCAGGCUGACUGUGUUGUUAGCACAUAUCGUGAUCAUGUCCAUGCGCUGUCCAAGGGUGUCCCAGCCCGUUCUGUUAUGGCUGAGCUCUUCGGCAAGGCCACCGGCUGCUGCCGUGGACAGGGUGGUUCCAUGCACAUGUUCUCUGCCCCCCAUAACAUCCUUGGAGGCUUUGCCUUCAUCGGAGAGGGCAUCCCCGUUGCCACUGGUGCUGCCUUUGCUGCUAAGUACCGCCAUGAGGUGCUCAAGGAGUCAGGUCCCGAUGGGCUUGAUGUCACAUUGGCUUUCUUUGGAGAUGGUACCUGUAACAAUGGGCAGUUCUUUGAGUGCCUGAACAUGGCACAGCUUUGGAAGCUUCCUAUCGUGUUUGUUGUGGAGAAUAACCUGUGGGCAAUUGGGAUGUCACACCUUAGGGCUACAUCAGACCCAGAGAUUUGGAAGAAGGGACCAGCAUUUGGAAUGCCUGGGGUGCAUGUUGAUGGUAUGGAUGUCCUAAAGGUCAGGGAGGUUGCUAAGGAGGCAAUUGAGAGGGCAAGGAGAGGUGAAGGACCAACCCUAGUGGAGUGUGAAACCUACCGGUUCCGAGGUCACUCCCUUGCAGACCCAGAUGAGCUCAGGAAGCCUGAUGAGAAAACCCACUAUGCUGCAAGGGAUCCCAUUACAGCCUUGAAGAAGUACAUCAUUGAGCAGAACCUCGGAACUGAAUCUGAGCUGAAGAGCAUUGAGAAGAAGAUCGACGACGUUGUUGAGGAGGCGGUUGAGUUUGCCGACGCAAGCCCACACCCUCCACGGAGCCAAUUAUUGGAGAAUGUGUUUGCUGACCCCAAGGGCUUUGGUAUUGGCCCCGAUGGAAAGUAUAGAUGCGAGGAUCCCAAGUUCACACAAGGCACGGCUCAAGUUUGAGCCUUCCUGGAAGAUUGAUCUGCUCUCUGUACCUCUGUUCUUCGGUUCUCUAGUCUUGUUGAACCCAUGUCAUGUUAAGGAUGCUGUAUGCAUAAGGCAGUUAAUUUUGGUUGAUUCGUAGGCGUGUGUCCGAUAUUGCGGUGUAAUUUAUUCGAAUGCUCAACUGAUGUCCCAGCUUAUGCCAUGUGGUCUAGCUCGACUUGUUCAGGAACAGCUCAUUGUCCACAUAUAUGGGGAAGUAUGUGAAACGGCCUGGAGAAAGUUAUAGCGCUAGUUUGAGUCAUUAGCUGCCCUGCUUGGAAAGCAAUAUUUGCAGUUCUAUUAAAGAAACA